UUGUGAGCUCUCAUACGCCACACAUAUAACACUGCUGUUGUCUAGCUAGGCAGAUAGCAACACAUACAGGGAAUUAAGCUUCUAGCCAAAGCAUCUUGCAGCCAUGAAGAUCGAGCGAGAUUUCCACAUGAUGAAAGGGGACAGUGAGUUCAGUUAUGCCAAGAAUUCAAGGAUCCAAAAAAGAGUUGUUCUUGCUGCCAAACCAAUAGUUGAGAAAGCUGUACGGGAAGUGUGCAUAGAUCUUCAUCCUCAAUCAAUGGUCAUUGCUGACCUUGGCUGCUCCUUCGGUGCAAACACACUCCUCUUCAUCUCUGAGGUGAUCACCACAAUAUAUGAGGACUAUAACAACACCAUCAAGGAGAGCCCCAUGGAGGCCUGCCAGGUUCCUGAGCAGCUUGAUGGCAGCAUGAAUGAGGGGAACAUUCACAUAGGAGCGACUACACCACCAUCCGUGGCAAAGCUCUACCAAAAUCAGUUUGAGAAAGACUUCUCACGGUUCCUCCAGAUGAGAUGCAUGGAGAUUGUGCCCGGAGGCCGGAUGGUGCUGACGGUUGCUGGGAGGAAGAGCAAAGAUGUGUUCAAUGCAGGAGGGACGACCACGAUAUUUGAUUUGCUUUCACAAGGGCUACGUAUUCUUGUUGCUGAGGGUCGUGUUGCCAAGGAGAAGCUGGACUCUUUCAACAUUCCAGUGUACUGCCCUUCAGCUGAUGAGCUGACGCAGCUGGUGCAGCAGUGCGAGCUGCUUGACAUAAGUGACAUUCAACUCUUCGAGAUGGAUGAGAACCGCAUGCAUGACUCGGAGCAAGCAGAGGGCACCACCGCCGCUCACACAGCGGGACAGAGCAUGUCUGCAACUCUAAGGGUGGCGACAGAGUCCCUGGUAGCAAGCCAUUUUGGGGAGGACAUACUCGAGGAGAUCUUCACGGUGUUUGCACGUAAUUUCACUAGUUAUAUUGAGAGUGAGGUUGAGAAAAGUGGCAUCACCAUCAUCACACUGUACUUGCAGGCAAAACACUAGCUAGAUAAUGGUACUAUACGGUAGAGUGUCAACAAUAUAUCCUGGCAGAGAAACAUAUAAAGUUUAAAUAUAAGGUGAUUUUAUAGAGUAAA